GCAUUUGCAAUCGCAUGGAAUGAAAGCAUAUACGAGUUUGGCAAUCGUGAACCAGUUGAGUAUUCAUCUAAAAGAAUGUUUUUUUUAGAAGCGAAGAUACGUGACUAUAAAGCAGAAGCAGCGAAGGUGUUGGCCGAAUUACCUGAGGACUAUCAUCUUCGUAAUGAUUAUCGUCGCUUCAACGACUGGCGUGUGAACUUCUUCGAAAACUAG